UCUCUCAUUAUUCAUUUGCAUCAUUCAACUCUUUAAAAUGUAUAUGCCACCACUCACCCACUCCAUAUCUGAAGAAUCUCAAGAGUCUCAACCAAUUUUCAUCUCAACCCAGCAGCAGCCCACACUCAAAAAUAAAACUCUAUUCUUAUUAGUUGAUUACUUCUACAAUAUGCAAAGGAUUCCUCACAAAUCACAAGCUGCACAAAGGCUACAAGUACCAGCUGGGAGGUCAUCACUCAAUAGAGACGCCAUGGAAGGACAUCGUGGACUACGAAAGAAUAACAAUUAUGCCGUAUCAUCAUCUCCUAGGCCUUGGCCGGUUUGCACUUGCUCGAACCAUCCGGGGGCGGUCAAGUGUACCCGUCACGGCUAUGCAGUGCCUCAUGCGGAGACAUUGAAGAAGCGUAGUGCAAGAAAAGAGGUAUUGAGGAGAGCAUUGACACCACCACCACGCAGGUUGAGCCUCCGGUGGUUUAAUUUCAGGCCAACACCAAGUCGACUCUCGAACAUGUCUGUGGCUAAUUAACAUUUUUUGUUUUUGUAGUUCUUUGUUUGGUUAAUUAGUCCGGGUAUCAUCAAGUAUAUAUGGCUGCAAAUCUAUUUCAUAUUGUUACCAAAAUAGCAACGAUAAAGGGAUUGGAUAUUGAGAGUUCUGUCCUACACUUUUUCUUUGUAAUUACCAAAAAGAAGAAAAGUAAGUCUCCUAUUUUUUAUUCUC